ACGCGAGCGGGGCUCAUCUCUUGCCCGUAUCCGUCGUUUAGGAAUAAACCAGUUUAAUUCUUUAGGCAAUAAUAAUAAACAACUUCCAGGUGUCAAAAUGAAAGUCUCCAACAUAGACUGCCGGCGUCUGAGGAAGAUCAUCAGGAAGGAGUACGCGAGCUGCCUUAUUGUGGAUUGCCGACCUUAUUUCUCAUUCACGAACUCCAACAUCAAAGACUCUGUCAAUGUCAAUCUUAACUCAGUGGUGGUCCGGAGGUCUCGAGGAGGGCCGGUGCCACUGCAGUUUGUCAUCCCAGAUGAGAGAGCCCUUCACAGGCUUCGAGAGGGGAGCAUAUCGGCUAUCGUAGCUCUGGAUGACCGGACGUCCCACUGGCAAAAACUGAAAAAGGACAGUGUAGCACAAAUAGUAAUAAACACCCUCUCACAUCUUGCGAGCGGGGCAAACAUCUGUUUCCUGAAAGGAGGAUACGAGAACUUCCACUCUCAAUAUCCUGAACUUUGCACUGAGGUGAAAACCAUCGACCAGAGCGGAACUGAAACCGAGAAAAGAGUCAACAGCCACAGCGAGAAGCUUUCUCACCACAAACCAGAUUAUGAUCAGGGUAAACCUGUAGAGAUCCUGCCUUUCCUCUACCUCGGUAGUGCCUACCACGCCUCCAGACAGGACUAUCUCAGCGACCUUCACAUCACGGCCUUGCUCAAUGUGUCGCGCAGAGACCUGCAGCCGGCCAAGGGCCACUACGACUACAAGUGGAUCCCAGUGGAGGAUAGCCACAUGGCCGACAUCAGCUCUCACUUCCAGGAGGCCAUAGAAUUUAUUGAUCACGUGAAGCAAUCAGGGGGAAAGGUCCUGGUCCACUGUGAAGCAGGCAUCUCCCGCUCCCCUACCAUCUGCAUGGCAUACAUCAUGAGGACCCAGCAGCUCAGACUGGAUGCUGCCUUCGACAUCAUCAAGCAGCGCCGGGCAGUCAUUUCACCCAACUUUAGUUUCAUGGGUCAGCUGCUGCAGUUUGAGUCAGAGGUCCUCUCCACAGCCCCGGUUUAUGCUGCCACACCUGAACCAGCCACGCCCUGCGCCCCGGAGUCUGCCUCCUUUUUUGCCAACGACUUCGCCACCACCUUCAACACCAAAAACUUUGAGCCAUCCGUGUUCACCCUCCCUACCUCUUGCCUGCAGUCCCCGGUCCACCACCAGUUCAAACUGAGCCCAAUAACUGCACUGCCUUAAAAUGAACUGUGACUGCUUGUAGUCUUACU